UGUAUAUAUCCUGACUUCCUGAGUCCCAAAUUCCCGAUAUCAGAACAAAUUAGCCCCCUUCCGAAUAUCAACUGAAUUCAUAUUGAAGAUCAUUUGCUACGUGUUACUGCUGUAUAGGCGUUUGUCACAUAUUGUAUAUAAACCUAUAGGUCGAUCCAACAAAGCGUGAGAUAUACAUUGAAGAGUUCUUUGAAGUGAUUGUGUCUAUCAAAUAUACAACACAAACUGUCACUAUGGUACUCAAAAACUUUGCAGCGAAACUGAAGUGUAAGUGUAUACCACAAUCACCCCACAAGUUAGCGCAGCGAACCUCGCAAGUGAUAAUCGUCAGUUUAGGAGGGGAUGACGACACGUUGUCCGAUAAUAUAAGCGGAUUGCCCGAUAAUAUAGCAAGCGCGUCGAAGGACAGCUGGAAAGCAGUCCGGCAAUCGAUGGCAAAAGCUAGGUCACAAAGUGCAAGGUCGAAAACAAAAAAAUUAAUCGAAUCAAACGAACCCUUGCGCAGAACCUACACUUGGAACCCGAGUCGUACAAGUUGUGGACGCUCCAUUCCCACAUUAUCAGAUCUUAUCCGCUCAGAAGAAAACAACUUUCCAAUAACAAGGGUGGAAUUUAUGAAGUAUGCAAGAGCACACUCGUGCGAAGAGAACGUGGGGUUUCUGAUGGAAUUUGAACGACUAAGAACACUCACGAGGAGGAUUCGUGGGAGAGAAAAUUAUCACGAGUUAGUGGCACAUAUGGCAGUCAAAGUAUUAGAUACGUUUGUACAUGAUUCCGCUCCUCAUACUCUCAACAUCAACUUCAAGCUGCGAACACAAGCGUCCCAAUACACCGAAGAUCACGAUUUAGAAAAACUGAUAACUUCUCUGAGCGCAAUUGCUAUUGUAAUUGAAAAAAUGCUAGAAUACGAUGUAUGGGAACGGUUCGUCCAGAAAAAAGAAUCCUCAGGCGAAGAUAUAUAAAUUUCAAAUUCAAUUCCAAAGUUAUGCUUUUAGUGCAAGUGCUAUGUAACUUGACUGAAGGGUUGUAAUAUAUACAUACACCACGAGGGAUCUGCCUGUUGAAUUCAUUCUGAUACAUAUAAAAGUACG